UAGAUUAUAUUGAAUAUAUUCUUAAUAAUCCAACAAUUGCAUCUAAUUUAUACUUUGGCCCUGGUAUUGUAUGUGAUGAAAUACGAGAGUUCUGGCAUGAUAUACUCUGGCAGAACUCACUUUUAUUUGGAGAAACUAAACUUUGUGUAAAUAAUAUUACUUAUCAAGCAGGCAAUUUUUUACGUUAUCACCAAGACAAAGCAAUUAAGUUUGCAUAUAUUCGUAGUGUUGUUGAAGUUAAUAAGAGGCAAUUACUCAGAGCUGAUCCGCUUGUUCCAUAUAAACAAAAGUGUUUGAUUAUACCUGAAAAUAUUACUCAAAUUAAUGUUUGGUUAAAGGAUCUUGAUAGGCCA